CUUUGCACUUUAUAUUAUAAAUAGCUUUUCUAGAACAUAUGCUACAGUUAGGAGAUCUUAUUUCAUUCCAUUUUCCAAAGUUUUAUCAAGAAACACUAAAAAAGAACAUUCAGUUCUUCUUCUAUUCUCCAUAUAUAGUUGCAACAAGCCAUUUUCCUCAAUCCCCAUCUUCUUCUUCUUCUUCUUCUUCUUCUUCUUCUUCUUCUUCUUCUUCCUUUUUAGAUUGAUUUAUCCAAUGGGGAAAUUGCAAGAAAAUCAGGCUCUUCAUGUUGAUGGAGGAGCUCAAAAUAAUGGUUAUUUCAGAGGAAUCAUGGAAGAUUAUGAAGCUUCAAUGGAGUCUUCUUCAAUUGAGGAGCUUAGUUCUAUAAAUUCUGAAGAAUGUUCAUCUUUAGAAACGGUGGAAGAUGCAACUUCUUCAAUUUCAAAUUCUUCAUCUUCAGAUGGGCCUCUGUUUGAGCUAACAGAGCUAAUGGUUCAUCUUCCUAUAAAAAGAGGGUUGUCUAAAUAUUAUGAUGGUAAAUCUGAGUCUUUUACAUCUUUAGCAAGUGUAGAAAGAUUAGAAGAUUUGGCAAAAAGGGUUUCUCCAAUUAGAAAAAAGUUCAAAUCUUGCAAGAGUUUUGAAGGCCAGAAAUCCAUUAUUCCAAGAGCAGCCAUAGCCAAGAAAGCUUCAAGAUCAAGAGGAAAAAGUAGUUUGCUUUGUGGUUCAAGAUCUGCAAUCCCUGUGAAUGGUCACUAAUUAAUUAGAGGCUUAAUCUCAAUAAUUAUAGAAGAAGGAUUAAUGCCUGAAUUGUGGCACUAUUACUUUGCUAACCUUAAUUAAACUUGUAAAUUUGUCAAGGCUUAUCUUAUCUCCCUUUCUUAUUUUUCUAAGGAAUUUUGUUACAUAAUCUACAGUUUUAACCUUUAAUUGUAGAUUUUUUUUUUCUUAUUCUAAAUCAAUAGUUUUGUAAUCUUUGGUUAUUAAUUAUUCAAUACAAUAAUUACGUGCUUAAA